AUGGCGGCGGUUCUGGACGCGUUCGCGUCCAAGCUGGCGAGCAUCCUAGCCGGCAUGGCGAAGGGCGAAGUGGAGAUGCUUCUUGGCGUACCCGGUGAGAUCACCAAGCUUGAGACCACGCUCGGCGACCUGAGCAGCAUUCUGGCAGAUGCUGAGAGGAGGCGCAUCCGUGACUCGACGGUGGAGCGGUGGGUGAGGGAGCUCAAGGAUGUCAUGUACGACGCCGAUGACAUCCUUGACCUCUGCCAGAUCAUGGAGGGCGGAGAAGAUCCCUCUUCUUCAGCUGCUGCUCGAAAAGCCACUUCAGGGUGCUGGAACAUCCCCGCGAUGUUCUUUUGCUUCCGCAACCCCGUGGUUGCACACGAGAUCGGGAAGAAGAUCCAAGCGCUCAACAAGCGACUGGAAGAUCUUGAGAAGAGAAGCUCCCGCUUUGGAUUCAUCAAGCAAGCAAUUAACUCCUCAGGUUAUUCCAUCAACAAUGCCAUCAAUCCUUGGUCCAAUAGUAAUACAAAGACUGGAUCGAUCAUUAUCAAGUCUGAUGUUGUCGGCGAGAAGAUCGAGGAGGAUACCAAGAAAAUCGUUGAUCUACUCAUCAGAAUGUGGACUCUCGCGUAG